UGGGCGCACAAGCAGGGAGCAGGCAAGUCUCGUCCCAGAAGUAGGCUCCUUAGCUAGCGAACAGGUGAGGGGUUUGGUUCAGAUAUAAAAGUUAAUCCAAAUGUCGCCGCAAGUAAAAUGGUAGUGAAAAGCUGCAGACCCUCAUAUUGUUCUGCAUGAACGUUGUUAAGGGGAAGAAGCCAUUGACAACAGGAUAUAGUGGGAACCAACUGACUUAAGAUUGGCAUUAUAAUAACUGACGAAAGUGAAGUUCCUCGCCGUCAUUAUCUGCAGUCUGGUUGCCAUUGUCUGUGCUCUGCUUUCCCUUUGCCUUGCUUUCCCUUUCAAUUUGCCUUUGUCUUUGCCUUAAACCUACCAGCCAGCCAGCUUCCAAGAAGUCUUUAAAUCCGUUCUUCCUACUACACGCUACGUGCACAACCACCUUCCAAGAAGUUCUUAAUUUAUUCUUCCUACUACGCAUACCACCACCUUCCGAGAAGUUCUUAAAUCUGUUCUUAUUAUGCGUAUCACCACCAUCCAAGUUCUUAAAUAUGUUAUUCCUACUACGCCUACCUCACCAACCAGCGCAACCGCGGCUCUCUCCUUUCACAUUUUGCUUCUGCUGCUCCUCUAUUGCAGAGCACACCCACCAUUCCUCUCUCCCCAAGGUUCUCGUUCUACUCUACACAACCCUACCUCUUUACCUCCACUUGAGUACCCUCUGUUCUGACUACCCUAGUGACUAAGGCCUUGGUCGGAUCCCCUCCGCUCCCCAACUGCAGCUCCCGGAGCGGAGGGAGCGCCAGCACAAUCGCGCGGAGCGGCUCGAACCCAGCUCCUCGCGUGGAGCGGAGUUGGGAGUCUGGAGAGCUUCCGAACAGGCUAUAAGUGGCCACCUGCUCCUGCUGCAUCGAUUUGGUUCUGCAGUUAAGGUUUGUUGCUGAUAUUAUCAGUUUGGACUUCGAGUGAACUACUAGUACCAUAAUAGGGGGAUGGAACCUAUGGUUGUCGGUACACUACCUGAUAAUCUGGUGGUUGAAAUCCUCUCUCGGCUGCCGUUCAAGUCUUUUUGCCGCUUCAAAUGUGUCUGCAAGUCCUGGCUUGCCUUCUCAUCAAAUCCAAACUACCAUGAGAACCUGCCGAAAAUUCCCACUGGCCUUUUCGGCCAAUACCAAGACCUUAAUAAGAAGGCUACCAAGCUUAUUGGCCAGCCCCGAAAGGUGGAGCAAAUUGAUGGAGCACUUAGUUUCUUGCCACAGUACCCACAACUGGAGCUUGUGGAUUGCUGCAAUGGCCUAGUCCUCUGCAUGCGUAGGAGCAUGGAUUGGAGCAACCGUAAAAUUAUCUACCACUUCAUUGUGUGCAACCCCGCAACACAAGAGUGGACGAAGUUACCUGAUACCCGUCCUUACCAAGAACAUGGUAUUUGCCAAGCUAUGUUGGUUUUCAACCCAUCAUGUUCCCGACAGUUCUAUGUCCUCAACUUUAAACGGGAUCCUUCAACUUCGUUCUUGAGCGGGCUCGAGGUGUUUUCAUCCAACCUUUCCACAUGGCUUGUGCAUGAUGCAUGGUGGAAUUCUGGGAUGCCCACUGUUAUUGGAUACCGACACUUGUUCAUAGAUGGUUCACUUUAUCUGUUUAGUCUGCGGAGGAAUUCAAGGAGGAUCUUGGUGUUGAACGGCUUUGAGGCGAUGAGUUCCUGCAUACCGCCUAAUCGUCGGACUAUCAAGUUGCCAAAUGACCCUUCUGUUGAGUCUCCGAAUGGCCUUUCCGUUGGUACGUACACUCAAGGUUUCUUUGGACACUCUCUAGGGGCCUUGCACUUUGCAUUGCCAGAUGUGGAUGGGCGUGCGAUCCGGAUUUGGAGCCUCGAUGUUUCCGGGCCAUAUAAGUGGAGUAUGAAGCAUCGUCUUAGUAUCAGAGAUGCGUUUGGAAGAGACGACCUUUCUCACUAUGACUCCACUCAACAGUGUCGAAAUUGUGCUUACAGGAUUGGAGCCCUCGACUUGGAGAGUGACGUCAUGUUCCUCUUUGCCGGGGAAAACAAGCUUCGUUCAUACGCCAUCAGCACUGGGAAAUUUCAUGAGCUCGGUGACAUUGAACAAGAUCAUGAGCAUAGCUAUGGCAAGUUCUUUUAUUAUAUUGCAUGCUACUUGAAGCUUCCAGCAUCCGUGCCUUUUCCUUAGCUAUUUUUGUCGAAAACGAAGGGACUUGGAACGUAGCAGUUGAAGUUACUAGCAUUUGUUGGGAAACCAAGCUGGAGAUGAUUUGUGUGUCUUCAGUUCGGCAAGUAAUACUAUUGUUGUAUGAAAGGAAGGAAGCUGGCCUAGUCUAGUAGAUGGUGUUAAGAAGGCCUUUUUGUUGAAGGACUUUUUGUAUCUUCAUUUUGCUUCCAUUUGGUUAAUUUGUAAGGGUCUAAUCAAACACUCUGAGUUCUGAAAUAUCUCUAGUUUUCUUGUAAUGUGCCGUCCAUGUCU